CCCUCCACCAUUUACAAAUCAUCACCGGCAUCGAAAACCAUUUCAGCUUACACUUCCAUCAAAAUCAUCAUCUAUGUAGCCGACGACAAGCAUUAUCGCUUCUUCUUCCUCCUUCCCAACCCGCCUCAAAAGCAACGCGUACCAUGCCCCGUCGCACACCCACCGCGGGUUCAUCAACCGCCAUGCCUCUCCCAGAUCUGGACUCGGACACACCAUCCGACAGCAGGCCCCUGCUUCCCCCCUCAUCCUCACCCGCCCCGAACUCCCCGGUAACCAUCCAUGGCGCCUCCUUCACAGCGCGAGGCGUCCUCGUCGGCCUGGCCGUCGGCCUGGUCAUCUGUUUCUCAAACAUGUACUUUGGCCUGCAGACCGGCUGGGUGAGCACCAUGACCAUGCCGGCCUCGCUCAUGGGCUUCGGCAUUUUUAGGUUACUGCGCUCGCGCCUCGGAGGAGACAGCCUGCCGCCCUUCUCGCCCGUCGAGAACGUGCUCGUGCAGACGGUCGCGGGCAGCAUGGCCAUCAUGCCGCUUGGCUGCGGAUUUGUCGGUGUGCUGCCGGCUAUGGAGUACCUGCUUGCGCCCGAGGAGCAGGGGCCGAUCGUGCUCGGGUUGGGGAAGUUGGUGCUGUGGAGUCUGGGGCUGUGUUACUUUGGGGUGGUGUUUGCUGUGCCGUUGAGGAGGCAGGUGCUGAUUAGGGAAAGGUUAAAGUUUCCGAGCGGGUUUAGUACGGCCGUGUUGAUUAGCGUGUUGCAUGGCCAGGCGAGAGAUGGGGUGGGUGUCGGUAGUGGUGGUGGCGGUAGUGGCGGUGGUGGUGAUGGUGGUGGUGGUGAUAGGGAGCGCCAGACGGCUGGGGGGUUUGCCAGUCUUGCUGCGAGGGAUGACGUUCAGGUGGUUAGCGGGGAUGGGGAGGGGACGAGGAACGCCGAGUCUUGGAGGCGGAAUGUGCGGUUGUUGCUUGUUUGCUUCUUCGUGUCGGGGGUGUUCACCUUUGCGACCUACUUCCUCCCCGUUUUGAGGAAUAUCCCCAUCUUCGGCUCGGUGGCGGCAAGCACAUGGCUCUGGACGCUGAACCCCAGUCUGGCGUACGUCGGGCAGGGCAUCAUUAUGGGCCCGGCUACGACAAUACAUAUGCUGCUUGGUGCCGUUGUCGGCUGGGGUAUCCUCUCACCGCUGGCCAAGAACAGAGGGUGGGCACCGGGUCCGGUGGGUGACUGGGAGGCCGGGAGCAAGGGCUGGAUCGUGUGGAUCUCGCUGGCCAUUAUGCUUGCCGACGCUGUUGUCAGCUUGGGCUAUCUCGCUUGGCGCUCAGGGAGACAGUACCUGCCGCAGCUGCGAGACAGCCUGCUAGUCCAGCUUGUCCCUGGCCGCAUAAAGAGCCUGCUGAGUCGCCAGCCGCAUGCCGGGUAUACGUCUAUCAGCGCUGUGGCCGACGAGGACACUACCGUCCCUCCUGCCCAUUCCAGGUGCAGCAGAGAGUCAGCCAGCGAUGAUGAUUUUUCACUCGGCGAGCUGGAGGAGGAAAAAGAGCAUGACGACGCACCCCCCGACCAGCAAGUCAGCGACCGGACCGUUAUCGUCGGCCUGACCUUCUCCAUCCUUUUCUGCAUUCUCUGCAUCCACGUCGUCUUUGGCAACCUCGUGCCGCUUUACGCGACCGUCGCGGCCGUCUUCAUGGCGCUCGUGCUCAGCAUCAUGGGCGUACGGGCUUUGGGCGAGACCGACCUCAACCCCGUCUCGGGCAUCAGCAAGCUUGCCCAGCUGUUCUUUGCCUUCAUCAUCCCGCAGUCCAACAAGUCGAGCGUCUUGAUCAAUCUUGUGGCCGGCGCUGUGUCCGAGGCGGGCGCGCUGCAGGCUGGUGACAUGAUGCAGGACUUGAAGACGGGGCAUCUGCUGGGGGCCGCACCGAAGGCUCAGUUCUGGGGCCAGGUCAUUGGUGCCACGGUGGGUGCUGUUGUUAGUGCCUUCAUCUAUCGGCUGUAUACAUCAGUCUAUCAAGUGCCAGGCGACCUGUUUCAAGUCCCCACCGGCUACGUUUGGAUCUUCACUGCCCGCCUGGUCACGGGCAAGGGGCUACCCCCCAUGGCAAAGGAAUGGGCCAUCGGGUCUGCCGCCUUGUUUGCUCUCACCACCGCCCUGCGGGCCCAGGCGACCGGGAAGCGCUGGCAUGCUCUGAUCCCCGGCGGCAUUGCCGUCGCCGUGGGCAUGUACAAUGUCCCGUCCUUUACGCUGGCACGGACGGCAGGGGGCCUGCUCAGCUGGUGGUGGCGGUCCGCGAAGGGGUGGCAGGAUACCCCCUUGAUUGUGCUUGCUUCGGGAUUCAUUCUUGGCGAAGGGUUCUUGAGCAUUGUGAAUCUGGUAAUGCAAAGCGCCGGCGUUCCUCGUUUGGGGUAGCAUAGUGUCGGGUAAGACGACACCAUGGCAACUGGUGGCAGCUUAGGAGCCACAAAUCCAUUCAUGUCAUUUAUCUGUAUCCCGAUCUCUAUUUCCUGAUCUCAGUGCAACAACCAUGUCUGGACCUGGCUGUCGCCGCCCUCCAGGGCCCAGGCGAUUGUGAUAUUGAGGCCACGGGCAUGGUCCUCAGGAAUAGCGUAGCGGAUGUUGCCGACUAGUUUCUUCCCCGG